AUGCACUUCUUCUCAUUUCCAUUCACAUUAUUGUCGACAUGUUUUGGUAACGAGGAGGCUUUCUUCUCGAAUCAUUUUUGGAUACAACAUAUUGUUUGCUGGAAAGGCUCUGAUCCUUGUGGAACCAAUUGGGUUGGAGUUACAUGUAGCAAUGACCGCGUCAUCUCAAUAUCAUUAGGCAACCUUAACUUGGAAGGAAAGCUUUCUGCUGAUGUCUCAGCGUUGUCUAAAUUGCAGAUCUUGGAUUUGACAUCCAACCUUAAAUUGUCUGGACCGCUUCCAUCAAAUAUCGGUAACCUCAAGAAGUUGACUACCUUGAACCUUAUGGCAUGUGGUUUCAGUGGUCAAAUCCCUGAGACGAUAGGAUCUCUAGAAGCACUUACAACUCUCUCCCUGAAUUCAAAUAAAUUUAGUGGAACAAUUCCGGCUUCCAUUGGACGGUUAUCGAAACUAUUUUGGUUUGAUAUAGCUGACAAUCAGAUCGAAGGAAAGCUUCCAGUUUCUAAUGGGACUUCUUCACCUGGACUUGACAUGCUUUUCGAAACUCAGCAUUUUCAUUUUGGAAAUAAUAAGCUCUCGGGCGAUAUCCCAGAAAAGCUCUUUACCUCAAACAUGACUUUAUUACAUGUGCUAUUCGAUGGAAACCAAUUAACGGGAAAAAUCCCGGACAGCAUCAGCCUCGUUAAAACGUUGACGGUGUUACGCCUUGAUAGAAAUAAACUAACUGGAGAUAUUCCUGCAAGUCUUAAUAAUCUCACAGAUCUUCAAGAACUAUACUUGGCCAACAACAGAUUUAAUGGAAGUCUUCCUAAUUUAACAAGCUUGAGCAGUCUCUACACACUAAGGAUGGAAGGGAUCCAACUCGAAGGGCCAAUACCAAUCUCCCUUUUUAGCUCUAUUCUAUUGCAGACUGUUGUCCUAAAGCGCAAUCAGUUAAAUGCAACAUUAGACUUUGGUACCAACUAUAGCAACCAAUUGGAGUUCGUGGAUUUACAAAACAAUGAAAUAAGCACUUAUAAACUAGCAACUAGUAAAGGCAUCCAAGUAAUGUAUGGCAAAGAACCUAAUCCAGUGUGCCGUUGUGUGUAUCCAGUCACAGGAAUACUCAUUUUCAGGUCACCUUCCUUCUCUGGGUUUUCUAACAACACCAACUUCAUAAUGCUCCAGCAAGGGAUAGCAGAAUUCUUCAAGAAACUCAGUUAUCAAGUGGACUAUGUGGCCAUCAGAAACAUCAGAGAGACUAUACCUGAUCAUCAGCUUCUAAUAGAUCUCCUAGUAUUUCCACUGGACAAAGAGAUUUUUGAUGGGACGGGGAUGAAUAGUGUGAUUUCCGCGUUUAGCACACAUGCCUAUGACCCUCCUGGAAUAUUUGGGUCUUACAUUUUUAAAGCUGAUCAAUACAGGCCUUUCUCUGGAGGUUCUACAUCAGCAAACACGGCUAUAAUAAUUGGAGCAGCAGUUGGUGCUGCGGUUCUUCUACUGCUUUUAGCUGUAGCUGAGAUUUACGCUCUUAGGCAGAAGAAGAGAGCAGAGAGAGCAAGUGGUCAAAAUAAUCCUUUUGCCAAAUGGAAUAAGAGUAAGAGUAGUAUCGAUGCUCCACAGCUAAUAGGAGCAAAAGCCUUUACUUUUGAAGAGUUGAGGAAAUGCACCGAUAAUUUUUCAAAGGCGAAUGAUGUUGGGGGUGGAGGUUAUGGCCAGGUGUACAAAGGCACUCUUCCCUCUAGGCAACUCAUAGCAAUCAAAAGAGCACAACAAGGAUCUUCACAAGGGGAGUUGGAGUUUAAAACUGAGAUUGAGCUUAUUUCAAGGGUCCAUCAUAAGAAUGUUGUUAGACUCUUAGGCUUCUGCUUUGAUCGAAAUGAACAAAUGCUUGUAUAUGAGUACAUUCCAAAUGGCUCUCUUACAGACAGUCUAUCAUAUUGGACGAGAAGGCUAAGAAUGGCACUUGGGUCAGGCAAGGGCUUGGCUUAUCUUCAUAAGCUUGCUGAUCCUCCAAUUAUACAUAGAGACAUAAAAUCAAAUAAUAUACUACUUGAUGAAAGUCUAGCUGCAAAAGUUGCCGACUUUGGUCUUUCCAAGCUUGUGGGAGACCCUGAGAAAAUUCAUGUGACAACACAAGUGAAAGGAACUAUGGGCUACUUGGAUCCUGAGUACUACAUGACGAACCAAUUGACAGAGAAGAGUGAUGUGUAUGGGUUUGGUGUGGUGAUGCUUGAGCUAUUAACCGGUAAAAGUCCAAUACAGGGAGGAAAAUAUGUGGUGAGAGAAGUAAAGUCAAAGAUGGAUAAAUCAAGAAACUUGUAUGAUCUACAAGAAUUAUUGGACACAACGAUCAUUGCAAGCAGUGGAAAUCUGAACGGGUUCGAGAAGUAUGUUGAUCUUUCUAUGAGAUGUGUGGAGGAGGAAGGAGUGAAGAGACCCUCUAUGGGUGAGGUUGUGAAAGAGAUUGAGAACAUAAUGCAGCUUGCAGGGUUAAAUCCUAACAUGGAUUCAGCAACCACUUCGAGAACGUACGAAGAAGCAAGCAAAGGAUCUGGUGAUCCUUAUGGCAAAGAACCACAAUGAUUGAUUAUGUCUUUUUUUUCUUUUGUAAUUGUGGAUUCGCAUGAUUUGAUUUGUUGUUGUGUAGGACUAUAUGCACGAUACAAUUUUUUUUUUCUCUUUUUCAAGUGCAUGUGUUCUCAGACAAUUUGAAUCAGAGAGAUUUAUUGGUUUGGGCAAAUUUAAAGACACAUAGGUUACUUGGGUUCCAAGACAAUAAAACAGAGCUGAAGAUAUUUUUUAGUUAAA